AUGAGCUAUACACUGGAAGUGCAGAGGGGAGUGGUGGGUGGUGCGCCCCCGCACCGCUGCUGGCGCAGCUCACAGUCGUGGACGGUCACCGUCGAAGACACGACGACGAUCGCCGAUCUGGUCCAGAUGCUUCAGCAGACCUGCGACUCGUCCAUCACCGCCAGCAGGCUCCGCUUCGUCGGCGGUUCCGGUUCGUGGAGCCCCUCGCUCGACAACGCGCUCCAGACCAUCAGCGAGGCCGGCCUCACCAAGGGCGCCGUGCUGGGCUUCACCGUUCCUGGCGCGAUGGAUUGA